AUGACCAGCUGAUUUUUCCAUAAUUUUAUCUUCCAAUUCUUUUUUUUAAAUUGGCCGUAUUUUCGAAAAACUUCUCUUCUAAUUAGGCUGUACAUUCGUGUAACUCCAAGAGUUUUCCUUCUAGAUCGGCACAAUUUUCCAAGAGCUUUCCUUCUAUGUUGGUACAAUUCUUCACGAGCCUUUUUUUCUAGCUCGGCUGAGUUUUCGAAAAGAUCGGCAUAA